AUGAAGCGUCUGGUCCUGUUUGCCUUGUCCCUGGCGCUGCCCCUGGCAGACUGCUGCCAGAAGGGCUGGUACCUGUACGACAAGUACUGCUUUUACUUCUCGACCAGCACCUUACAGCGGGUCGGGGCCGAGGCCGCGUGCCUUGCGCAGGGCGGCGCCGCCUUCGCUCAACCGCGGGACGACGCCGAGAACUACUUCAUCGGGACGCACGUGAAGCUCGCUUUCAAUUGGAUGGCUUUCUUCAAUCCCGCGAUCUCGACCGACUUCUACACGAUCGGGAACUUGUACACCAGGUUCGCCGAUUCGUCCAGCACCGUCGGAGCCACGUAUAUGUUCCCGGACGAUUGGAGGAACGUGGACUGCAGCGAGAACCGUGCGUACAUCUGCGAGCUGACUGCCGCUGUCUGCCCCACACAGUACACGCAGGUGCUGGGGACUACGAAGUGCAUCAUUGUCAACUUCCAGACGUCCGUGUCCUAUGCAUCAGCGAAGAGCGCGUGCGAGGCUCAGACUGGGGGGACUGCCGGGCGCCUGGUGACUAUCAACGACAUCAACACCUACAAUACGAUCAAGAAAAUCAUGGAGAAUAAGGCAACCCAACUGAACUCCGAUUCGCCCCAGUCGGUCGAAUACUGGAUCGGGCUGACCCGGGCGGACAAGAACGGCGCCUGGCAGUGGAGCGAUGGCUCCGCUUACGGCUCAUUCACUCGCUGGUAUUACCAGCCCGGCAGCGGGGCGAAGGAGAAGCGAAGCAACUGCGCCUGCCUCUUCCCCUCGCGGUGGAGCGUCGUUCCACUCCCCGAUGCCAGUCAGUAUAUCCUCCUCACGCAGAAAAUGGGAUACGUCUGCCGGAAGUACAAAGCCCUGUCCGCCGCGCAGGCCGUCAGCGGGGACGAGAUGUUCACCGACUCCUUCAAGAUCAAGUUGGUGGACGAUGUCAUGUAUGAAGUUUAUGGGAAGCUUGUGAUGAGGAAGCAAGGGGAGAUUGUGCUUACCGGCUCGAAUCCAUCAACUGAGGAGGCAGAUGAGGGCACAGAUGAGGCAGUGGAGUCUGGUGUGGAUAUUGUGCUCAAUCAGAGGCUUCAGGAGUGCUAUGCUUUCCCAGACAAGAAGUCAUACACUGUCUACAUCAAGGAAUACAUGAAGAAGCUUUCUGAUAAGCUGCAGGAGACCAAGCCAGAUGAAGUGGAGAAAUUCAAGGCCAAUGCUCAGAAGGCAGUCAAGGACAUCCUGACAAAAUUCAAGGACUUGCAAUUCUUCACAGGAGAGAGCAUGGACACAGAUGGGAUGGUGGCGAUCUUGGAAUACAGAGAGGUAGAUGGUGUGGACACUCCCAUCAUGCUCUUCUUCAAGCAUGGCCUUGAUGAGGAGAAAUAUUGA